UUUUGUUUUUGUGUUUGUGUUAGGGUUUCGAAAAAUAAUGGCUGGAUGGUUAAAUGUUACAGAUGGGCCUGCAUUAGAUAUACUAACAAUACUAGAAGAGAUUCAUAAAAAUGGUGAUAUUCAUAAUAAGUUUGGGCAAGUGUUUGAUGAAAUGGUUUCGACGUUUUUGAAAGAGAUUUGUCAUGUAAAAUGUUUUAGGCCUUUUCCACCAAUGCUCGGAGAUGGGAAAUCAGUUGAUUUGUUGAGGCUUUAUUUGUGUGUGAGAGACAAAGGUGGGUAUCAAAGUGUGACUGAAAAUGGGAUCUGGGAUUUGGUUGCUAAAGAUAUCGGCUGCGAUUCUGAUGCUUCCGCUAGCUUGAAAGUGGUUUACGUCAAGUAUCUUGAGCUCUUGGAAGUUUGGUUUUGCAAAGUUGUUAAACAUAAGGAUACUCGGAUGAAAGUUUUUGAUCCUUUUUCGGAUGCUGAGAUGAAAGAUUAUACGGAUGUCAAAGAUUUGCAGAGCUGUGUUGGUUCCGUCGACGGAUCAGAUGCUAAAGAUGGUGUGGUUAUUGAGUCCGGUGAAGAAAAUGAGCUGAGCCGGAAGAGGAAACGAGAACGUUAUUUGCCAUUGUUGGAUUGGGUUAAAAGAGUGUCCAAAGAUCCUUGUGAUCCUGCAAUUGGGUUGUUGCCCGAAAGGAAUAAAUGGAAGCUUUAUGAAAGUGAAUAUGUGUGGAAGCAGGCUCUGACGGCUCGAGAGGCAUUGCUUUUGAAACCUAGUUUGGAUCCAAAGGCCAGACAAAUUUGGAAGAAAAAUCUGAGGAUGCAUCCGGCUAUGUAUGAUGAUCAAACAGCUACAUCAAGAUGUAGCCAAAGACUGAUUUCUGCUAAAGAGACUCAACCAGUCAUUCAUUCGAGAAAAUCCCUGGCUCAAGAUUGUUCCGAGUCAUCAUCCACUGGGAGCCCAAGUGACCGAGAGGAUGAAGAUUGUUUCCGGGGUUACAAUUUCAAACAAAAACGUACCCCUUUGGGCAGAAAUUUUCAAGCAAAAGUUCCCGAGUGGAUGGAAACAGCUUAUGAACCUGAGGCAAAAUGGCUCGGGACUCCGAUUUGGCCUCUAGAAAAAACGGAAACAAGAAGUAGUCUAAUCGAGCUAGAAAGAGUCGGAAAAGGAAGGCAAGAUUCUUGUGGCUGUCAGUUUAUGGGUUCUUCUGAAUGUGUUAGAUUUCAUAUAUAUGAGAAAGGAAACAGGAUCAAACUUGAACUGGGGUCUGCUUUCUAUAAAUGGAAAUUUGAUGACAUGGGUGAAAAAGUUGCUCUCACUUGGACUCCCAGCGAAGAAAAAAUAUUUGAGGAUAUAAUUAAGGCAAAUCCUGUGUCAUUGGGGAUAACCUUUUGGGAUGAUAUUACGAGCCAUUUUAAGAGCAAGAGCAUGGCGGUUCUGGUUAGCUACUAUUUCAAUGUGUAUCUUUUAAGGCGUAGGGCACACCAGAACCGAUCUGAUCCAAGCAACAUUGAUAGUGAUGAUGAUGAACUUGAGAAAUUUGGUAGUGAAGCAAGCAACAAUGCUCCCGGAUCCAUCUUUUGCUCCCCUAAGAAGGUGCAUCUUAAUGUUAGAUGAUGAUGAUUACAAAUGUGUCCCAGUAAGUUGAUUGUUUUUUUCUUUAAUUGUGAGGUUUUUGCUUUUUUCCUUCCUUUUUUUUCUUUUUAUGGUUAAAGGAGAUUUGAUCCAAUGGGUAGUCAAAAAUGUUGAGUAAAACAGUAGGGUUCGGUUCAGUGUUCAAAGUUUCAUGGAUCAUAUGAAUGUAUAUGGAAAAACCGAAAGAGUAUAUGGUGGUUUUGUUGAUGUUUGUCAGUAUGAUGAAUACACCAUAUUAAGUAGCAUUUGCAA